GUUCUUCGAGGGUCUAUGGAGGAUGCAAACUGCUCUGUACCCACAGCUACAACAUCACACGAACAGCCACUCUGUGCUGCUCUCUACAACUCCAACUUCAAACAGGUGGUAAGUGGGUGCCAUGCGGGCGUGGUCAGUGUGUGGGACAUCCUGACGGGGGAGAAGGUAAUGCAGUUCCAAACGACCCCUGAGCGACCAGUCGAGGUCACUGCCAUGGCAUUCGACGGGCCCAAACGCCGCCUCAUCACCGGGUCUAAAGACGGCACCCUGCGUCUCUGGAACUUCAACAACGGGGCUCUCCUUUCUGAACUGCCCCUGGUGGACAGCAAUGAGGUACUGCGCUGUAUCCUGCAGGGCACUGGUCCCUAAGUGACAGACCAGACUUGUCUUUCUUACCACCAAGCAAUGCCGUUCGACUACAGAAACAAUACUUACUGAAAUGACUUGUUGGCAGGUUACAGGGAUUCUGUACAUCAACGAGAGGAUUUAUGUUUCAGGCUGGAGCAAACGGGUCAUGUGGUAUCUGUGAGUGCUUCAUGUUUUUACAUCUUUGGACUGUAUGCAACU